AUGACGUCAGACCGCGUGGGGAGUCGGAACGCCGCGCGGCAAAUUGAAUCGCGUUGCUCCGGGAACGACGGUUACUGCGCGGGCGGAGCCGGGGGCGCGUUGGCAGAUACAACCAAUGCUGUGGUCAUUAGCGUUGGAGGAAUAAUAUGUAAUUGUGUUCCAUCUAAGAGCGAGACCUUUCAAAGAAAAGAUGCACAGUUGAACAAAAUAUCACCAUUCAAAGGGCAGGGAACCAUUAACUUCAAUCCAACACUUACAAACUCGGAGAAAUUGAGAAGUGCCACAGAUGCAAUGGGAUCUAUUGCCUCUGUACAUGAGUCUUCGAGUCAUUCCAAUCCAACAAAAAAUGAACAGUCUACUGAAAGGAAGAAUCAAACUUUGCCAUCCAAUGAUUAUGUCCUUGAAUUUCUACCAUCCAAGACCAGAUCCAAUAAGCAAAACAAUGAAGAGCAUGUGGCAACAGGAAAAUGUUUCCUACAGAUUACUGGUAUGACUUGUGCUUCUUGUGUUGCCAAUAUUGAAAGAAAUCUUCAAAAAGAAGAAGGUAUACAUUCUGUUCUGGUAGCACUGAUGGCAGGAAAAGCAGAAGUAAAAUAUAACCCAGACAUCAUUCAACCUACUGCCAUUGCAGAAUUUAUCAAAACUUUAGGUUUUGGUGCUAAUGUGAUAGAAGGCACAUCAUCAGUUGGAAACUUGGAACUUAAUGUUACAGGAAUGAGAUGCACUUCUUGUGUUCACAAUAUUGAAUCCAAGUUAAAAAGAGUUGAUGGGAUUUUGCAUGUGUCAGUGAAUUUUGCUACCAAAAAAGCCCAUAUUAAACUGGAUCCAGAAUUACUGGGACCACGUGAUGUCAUCAGAAUAAUUGAGGGACUUGGCUACAGUGCUUCUGUCGUCAAAAGACAUUCAGCAGUACAUAAUCUGGACCAUAAAGAGGAGAUAAAACAGUGGAGGAAGUCCUUUUUGUUUAGUCUUGUUUUUGGCAUCCCUGUCUUUGGUUUAAUGAUAUACGUAAUGGUAAUGGACAACAACUACAGUGACUCCAUGGCUCUUGAACAAAAUAUUAUUCCGGGUUUAUCUAUUCUUAAUUUGGUUUUCUUUGUUCUGUGUACUCCUGUUCAGUUUAUUGGAGGAUGGUACUUCUACGUUCAAACCUACAAGUCUCUUAAGCAUAAAACUGCCAAUAUGGAUGUGCUCAUCGUUCUGGCUACUACUGUUGCAUAUCUGUACUCCUGUAUAAUACUGAUUGUGGCCAUCGUUGAAAAGACAGAACAAAGUCCAGUGACUUUCUUUGAUACUCCACCAAUGCUGUUUGUCUUCAUUGCCUUGGGGAGAUGGCUGGAACAUGUAGCAAAGAGUAAAACUUCAGAAGCAUUGUCUAAGCUGCUAUCCCUUCAAGCUACAGAGGCUACAGUGGUGGCACUGGGACCAGGCAACUCAAUACUGGGUGAGGAGCAGGUAGCUGUGGAUCUAGUCCAAAGGGGUGAUAUUAUAAAGAUUGUUCCUGGUGGCAAGUUUCCUGUUGAUGGAAAAGUAGUGGAAGGUUCCUCUAUGGCAGACGAAUCUCUCAUUACAGGCGAGCCUAUGCCAGUUGUAAAAAGAGUAGGAGGUAUAGUGAUUGCUGGUUCUAUUAAUGCACAGGGGACUCUGCUGAUUCAAGCAACCCAUGUUGGUUCAGACACAACAUUGUCACAGAUUGUUAAACUAGUAGAAGAAGCACAGACAUCAAAGGCUCCCAUUCAACAGCUUGCAGACAAACUGAGUGGAUAUUUUAUUCCCUUUAUUGUUGUCAUGUCUUUGAUUACACUCACUGUCUGGAUCAUCAUUGGUUUUGUUAAUUUUGACAUCAUGAAAAAGAACUUGGCAGGCUACAACAAAAAUAUUUCUGAAGCUGAGCUGAUUGUUAGAUUUGCAUUUAAGACUUCCAUUACGGUAUUGUCUAUUGCAUGCCCCUGUGCUCUGGGACUGGCUGUUCCCACAGCUGUCAUGGUGGGAACAGGCAUCGGUGCUCAAAAUGGCAUUCUCAUCAAGGGUGGAGAACCACUGGAGAUGGCACACAAGAUAAAUAUGGUGAUGUUUGACAAGACUGGUACAAUUACACAUGGUGUUCCUAAGGUAAUGAGGGUUGGCAUACUGAGAGAUGUAGCUGAACUGCAAUUGAAGAAACUACUUGCAGUUGUUGGCACUGCAGAAUCUAGUAGUGAACAUCCUCUUGGAAAUGCCGUCACCAAAUAUUGCAAAGAAGAACUUGGCACAGAUGUGCUUGGGUACUGUAUGGAUUUUCAGUCUGUGCCAGGCUGUGGCAUCAGCUGCAAAGUUACCAACAUUGAAACUGUGUUAAUGAAGAGUGAAUUGAGUUCUGACAAAAACCAAAAACAGAAUAACUUGUUGCCAUUUGUAGGUGCAGUGACUGCUCGGGUCUACACUGUAUUGAUUGGAAACCGGGAAUGGAUGACGCGCAAUGGUUUACAUGUUGGAAGUGAUUUUGACAAGGCUAUGGCUGAUCAUGAAAUUAAAGGACAGACAGCAGUGUUGUUUGCUGUUGAUGGUACACUAUGUGGGAUAAUAGUAAUUGCAGAUACAGUCAAACCUGAAGCUGCAAUGGCUGUGAGCAUCUUACAAAAUAUGGGAGUGGAUGUGGUACUCCUGACAGGUGAUAACCCCAAAACAGCAGCAGCAGUUGCAACCCAGGUUGGCAUCAAGAAAGUGUUUGCAGAAGUUCUUCCCUCACAAAAAGUAGCCAAAGUUCAAGAGUUCCAGGAUCAGGGUAAAACGAUCGCAAUGGUUGGAGAUGGUAUAAAUGAUUCUCCCGUCUUGGCAAAAGCUGAUGUGGGAAUUGCCAUUGGAUCUGGCACAGAUGUGGCUAUUGAAACAGCGGAUGUUGUGCUUAUGAGAAGCAAUCUGCUAGAUGUUGUGGCUAGUAUCAAUUUAUCAAAAAAAACAGUUUUGCGAAUUCGAAUAAAUUUUAUCUUCGCCUUAAUUUAUAAUCUGGUUGGAAUCCCUAUUGCUGCUGGGGUGUUUUUGCCUUUGGGCCUAGUGUUACAGCCAUGGAUGGGUUCUGCUGCAAUGGCCGCUUCCUCUGUUUCUGUGGUAGUUUCUUCAUUAUUGUUGAAACUCUACAGGAAGCCAAACAUAGAAAAGUUUGAUUUUCAAGCAUAA